UCUUUCUCAUAAAUCAUUUCACAAAUGACCAAAAGGACUGUCAGACCUGUUAGACUGAGAGACACUCUUCGUUAUUCAUUUAAAUCCUUCAGCAGUUCACCUGGUUUCAAUUAACAGAUUAAAAAAAACAAAAACAAACAACGAUUUUUGCGUGCCAGAUGAGGACAAAGUGCCUUAAGUUUCAAUCUCUAAGAUGAAUAGCAAUAGCAAGGAAGCAGGACAUAGUAAAAAGACCACAACAACAGCAACUCGGAGACUAAAGCAGGAUUACAUCAGGCUAAGGAAAGACCCUGUGCCUUAUGUCUGUGCUGAGCCUCUGCCCUCCAAUAUAAUGGAAUGGCAUUAUGUUGUUCGUGGACCUGAGGAAACCCCUUAUGAAGGUGGCUACUAUCAUGGCAAAUUGAUGUUUCCCCCAGAAUUUCCAUUCAAACCACCUAGUAUUUAUAUGAUAACGCCUAAUGGAAGGUUCAUUUGCAAUACACGGCUAUGCCUGUCCAUAAGUGACUACCAUCCUGACACAUGGAAUCCUGCGUGGUCAGUCUCAGCCAUACUUACCGGACUGCUGAGCUUCAUGGUGGAAAAGAUUCCCACAUUAGGAAGCAUUGAGACUUCUGACUAUACUAAAAGACAGCUGUCUGAUCAGAGCUUAGCCUACAACCUGAAGGAUAAAGUUUUUUGUGAGCUUUUUCCUGAUGUUGUGGAGGAAAUCAAGAUGAAGCAAAAGACUCAGAAAGACUUGGAAAUGCAGGCUCUCCGUGUGAAACCGAAAAGAGCUCAAGAACAUGUUGGUGUUCCUGCCCUUGAUGGUCAUGUGCCCAAUUGGGGGACAAUGCCCAGACAACCUCGGGCACACCACCAACCAAAUCGAAACCUUGUGGGAACACUUACAAACUUGUUUGUUAUAGCUAGCAUUUUUGUUUUUGCCAUCACAGUCAAGUUUGCGCUACAAAAAUAAGUUCUGACUGAGAAACAGCUGACAUGACCUGCACUAAAACAAAAGUAUUUUAAGAUUUACGCAUUUCAAUUUCAUAACAUAAUUUCAUCAAAUUGAAUUGAGUAAUCUUUAAUAAUAAAAUAAAAACUAAAUAUUUAAUGUUUUAUUAAAUUUAAUUUAGCUAAACAUUACACAAUUCAAUUUGAUGGAAUUUUCUUAUGAAAUUGAAAUGCGUAAAUCUUAAAAAUAAGAUAAAAUUAUUCUUUUUUUUUUAAAUGUGCUCCUGUUGUUUCCCAAAUAAUUUCAGAAUACAGAAUCUGACAAAUCUAACCCAGGCUCGCUUCCCAAUAUGAAGGAAAUGCGUGGCUUUCCGAAGUUGAAGUAAUACCAAAGUACUGUUGAAUGACUGAGCCAGUGUCUUGCAGUGACAUGAUGGAAGAGAAUCACAGCUUUUGUCAUAUUCUUGAUUGAACUUGCAACCAUUGACAAGCUGAACUGAAGAAUCAUUUGUGUCAGAUUCUGUUUAGCCUCUAAUUAUCUGUUACAGUUCUUCCUCAUGCUUUGUUUUUUUCUCUUGGGUCCUUGCACUCUUAUGACAUUCCAAAUUCCCCUGUUGAAUUCUGUUUCCCGGCACUCGUGGUUUGCUUAAUAGGAAAGUGUUGACGUUCAGUUGAUUUCAAUUCUUUAUUAAAAGUGCUUGUUGUCAACUAUAUUAAAGUAUGUGACUAUACAAAAUUAAUCAGUAUUUCCUCAUUCCUAUUUAUUCCCUCAAUCAAUUUAUGCUGUGAAUGACUAUUAGGUUUUGAAUAAUAAUAAAUAAAAAAAUGGAAGUUGGA